GGGGCCUAAAGCGUGUCUAUUCUGGAUGGGCUGUUGAGGAUGCCACAUAGUGUGUCUUCAGAACAAGAUGGCAAGUGAGAAGAGGGAGAAGUCAUUGUUCACUUGGAUGCUCAUUCUAGGAUGCUUUGCUGUGAGGAUCACCCAGGCAGCCUACCACAGCCAUGACUUCCAUUUCACUGCAAUUGGCACAAGAAGGUCCCUCUUGAGCCUCACCGUGAUCAGCUCUGUGGAUGAUGUUCAGCUAUGCUACUACAACAAACAGAACCAACAAGUUGUGAUGAAGAAACCCUGGAUGUACCAGGCCCUAGGAGCCAAAGAGAUUGAACAGAAACAGAAGAAGCUGAUAAGCCUUGAGAAAAGUUUCAUCUGGGCCUUCAAGAAUUUCAUAAAGAACGAGACCAACAGUGAGAAAAACCACACACUGCAAGUUUUCGUAGACUGUGCACUGGACAAGGAUAUCCAGGUGAGCAAGCACUUCCAGUUUGCUUUGGAUGGUGAAGACUUCUGCCGGUUGGAUGAGCAACUGGGGCACUGGGUGGCCAUGAAGCCUGAGGCCCAGCGCUUCAAGCCCCUCUGGGACAAUGCCUUCUGGAACAAACUAGUGGAACACUAUGUACAAGAAGAUUGUAUCGAUGGCAUGAAGAAAAUUCUACAGUAUUCAAGCAUGAGAGAAAAUGUUCCCCCUGAUGUGACUGUGUCCCGACAUGAUGCUCCUGAUGGCAGAGUCACCCUCUUCUGCAGGGCCACUGGCUUCUACCCCCGCUCCAUCAUGCUUCACUGGGAAAGGGAUGGAGCACUGGGUGUGUGGGGGCAGGAGAGCUCCAGUGGCACCCUGCCCAAUGCUGAUGCCACCUUCUACCUCCAAGUCACACUAGAGCUCCCACUCAAUGACCCUGGGACAGGUUACACCUGCGUGGUAGAGCACAGAGAGCUGGAAACACCAGGCAUAUUCCCAGUCCCUGGGAAGCCAUCUACGGAGAGGCCUUGGGCCAUGGUGCUGAGCAUUACGGCAGUCAUCAUCCUGGUGCUGAGUUGUGCUGGAACCUUCAUCACAUGGAAGAAAAGGAAGACAGGAAUGAGCAGUCAUCUGGAAGGACCUUCGCCCUCCCCUCCUGAAAUUCCUCUGCAAUAGAAGAAUGUGGGAGACAAGCAGGCUGUCUACACUCUCCCUUCCUAGAGAGCUCUCCCCUGCAGAGGUGAAUGGGUCAUGAUUGGCAUCCCUAAGGCUAACUUUCACCUCCACCAUGAUCCUAACCAUCAAUGGAGUUUUUCAGCUGUGAAUGUUCUCUUGCCUCCAUCUAGUGCUGGGGCUGUCAAAGUCCAUCUACCUCCUAACAAUGACAACAAUCACAAUAACAACAACAACUAUAACAAUA